CCCUCUUUCCUCCUCCAGCCAAUCGACAAGGCACUAAUCGGUGCGAUUAGCUCCGUAUUUUUAAGGCCGAGGAAGCAGCCAAAUCCAUAACUUGUUGUUUGUCACCAACCCUGCGACCCUUGUUUGUUCACUGUCUAUUUCUGUUGCUGCUCUUUUGUUCUUUUAUGCGGGGAUCGCCGACCUAGCAUUUAUUUCUCGGUGCGUUCUGGAGGUUGUGUUUAUUUAGGGUUCAGUUGCCGGCUAAUUUAGCUUAAAUUAGCGGGACCAAAGACGACCUCGUCAUAUUUCAGGAACAUUCCUAAAUUAGGCAAAAGACAAGAGAUCUCAAAGAGAUAAAUCGCCUUCUGGUCCUUUUGUUUUCGGGUGGAAGCUUCGCGCGGCAAUCGGGUACCAAAUGCCAACAGUUUUCCAAGAGGCAGGAUGGGGGAGGAUAGCGGAUAAAGAUGAGAUGGAUGUCGACUGUGUGGCUAAUAAUCCGUUCGUCGAACAAAAGGCUAAAAAGGACAGCUCCUCAUUGUCUUCAUCGACCGGUACAACCACACCCCCAUCUGACGUACAGGAACACGCGAGCACUGGGAUCCGUCCCCAUCCACUUUUUCAAGAAUCAUACGCACCAAACCAUACAGUACACGCUUUCAGAACAUCUUCGCUAUCCUUGGGAAGUUUACGAGAAUUGUCUCCAAAGCGUCCUGUCCCUACUGUAACACCGGGACAAAAAGGCAUCUCUUCAUCUACAUUUUCAGUCCGUAUCAACACUCCCCCUUCCAACAGUCAUCGCCCAGAUCCUAUUCACCUCAUCCAUACAGCAUCCAGCAAUCUUUCCUCAGCGAAUUCUUUGCGCUCAGCCAGGCGUCUCUCCCAUUCGCCAUAUAUAGUCCCUUUCCCGUCACCCAGACUACCCCGUGGUCCUUUGACGCAAGUCAUGACAAACGUAAAAACUACAGAGAGUGUAGUCAAAGAAGAGCUUCCAACUACAUCACAACCUCUCGAGCCAUCUCAACCUUCACUAACCUCAAUCGAAAUCGAGCCUACUGAUUCAGCGCCAAAUGUUCCGCCAGAACCUGCUUCGUAUACUUUUGGUACAGCUGCAGGCUCGAUGAAUAUGGCUACCCGACGAGGUGCGCGUCCUGCACUUCUCAGUCCUCAUGGCAUGAGAUCAGCCCAGCACGGUGUAUCAUCGACACGUGGCCUUCUAACUCCUCAACCCAGCUCAGGCUUCCGCCACCUUCCUUAUCCUUCACCGGCCCCUCUCCUGACUGCUCCGAUCUCCCCCGACUCAAGGUGCUUCAACCAAUCCGCCCCUGCUGAUGCUCCUGCGACUCCUUUACAGCCGAUACAGUCAGGUAAAGCACCGAACCCGUACCAAGUCAGUUUAGAUGAGAUCCCGAGGAGUUUUGUGAUGAAGAAGCUUGUUGAGCUGGCGCCGAAAUACUGGUAUUCUCCGGAGAGUGCGGACUGUCAAAUUGUUGUUCCUACUCGCCGUACCCACAAAGUUAACAAGGCUGAGUGUCGGCCGAAGAUGCCUCAGACAGCGGUUCCUAUCGGAAUGAGUUCCGCCAGUUUCAAUGAACAGUCUCAAAUGGCGAACUCGAACCUGUCGCUCGCUGAGCAGCAGGCCACCAGGGCAUACUGGCGUCCAAUUCCUGCUGGGGUAUCCGAUGGUGACCUUGGGAUCAAGCCAGAUGUUGUGACGAGCUCAACGACUGAGGGACACAUGGGUGCUUCGGGGAGGAGAGGGAGUUUACCUGGAUACAAUCAAGUCGAACAGUGUCUCGUAUUCCCCCUUCACAAGGAUUACCUGACCACCCAAUCGACACUUUUCCACAGCCUUAUCAGCUCCGCCACAGCUCAUGUCACCACCCCCACCCAACGCGAUCAGUACGGUCGUCUUGUUUGGCAGUCCCCGAUAUACCGCGGCGCAAAAGUGUUGCCUACAAAACAUGGCCGACAGAGAGUGCUCUACGUCCCACUGCCAGACCCGUCAAGCUUCGGUGUACUCCUUCAUUGGUUGUAUUGGCACGAUGCUGGUCACUUCAAUCAUUGCUUGUCCAGGGGACUCGCCACAUGGCAAGGCGUUAUCCGUAAUAUCGAGUAUCUUGGGCUUGAUAAUGAGAUCAAGCUCUUAGCCGGUAAAUGGUGGAAGAGAUGGGUCAAGCCUGUGGAAGCGGAUGAACGCACCAAUGGCGUUCAGAGCGUUAGUGGGUCAAAGAAGGGUAAAGACACGGCGACCGAUGUGGAGUUUGAUGACGAUGACGAGGAAGAGGCUGGCAUGGAUAGUGGAGCGGAUGGGGACGAUGAGGAAAUAGGCAGUGGGGUGGAAAUAGUAACGGAAGAUGGGUUCGCAGACCGUGUGUCCACCCAGCUGAGCUUGUCUUAAUGGAUGAGGGAAUUUUUCACGAUUGAGUUGGUAGUGGACAGUAUUCCCCAUUGAUUAUUGCUUUUCCAGAAGUUUGGGAGUAUCGUUUGAUACCUUGCAUGGGUCAAACUGUAGAUUGUGACGUCCAUCUUGUGUCCAUAGUGUCUUUAUUUCUUUCAAAGUGUAGUCGUAACCUUUCUGUGUACCUUCAUGCUAUGUUUUUUUAGAUUCCUUGGAGGUUGUGGAGAAUAGAGGAAGAAUAUCUGCACAGAUGUCAUCCACAUA